AUGCCUGUUGAUAGAUCUUUACCAGCCAUGCAACAGCCACCAGCUUGUUUUUCGUGUCAUGCUCUUGGAAUAUCAUCAGCAUCGGCACUAGGAGCGUAUAUGUUCUAUCAAGCUAAAAGAGCAAAAACGCCAACGCAUCGCUUUACUUGUGCAUUUUUUGGACUAGGUUCUUUUAUUUUUGCUUCUCAUCGUGUUUCGUCUCUAUUUAAAGAUAUAUCACAACGUCACAUUGCUACUACUAGACGAAUGCCAAGAAGCCUCGAAGAACGGCGAUGA